ACCACCAUGCUCCCGUGGGUGCUCCUGGCCUGUGCCCUCCCCUGUGCUGCAGACCCGCUGCUUGGUGCCUUCGCUCGCAGAGACUUCAAGAAAGGCUCCCCACAACUUGUCUGCAGCCUUCCUGGCCCCCAGGGACCCCCUGGGCCCCCAGGAGCCCCAGGGCCCUCAGGAAUGGUGGGACGAAUGGGCUUCCCCGGCAAAGAUGGCCAGGAUGGCCAGGAUGGGGACCGGGGGGGCAGUGGAGAGGAAGGUCCCCCUGGCCGGACAGGUAACAGGGGAAAGCCAGGACCCAAGGGCAAAGCCGGGGCCAUCGGGCGGGCUGGCCCUCGUGGCCCCAAGGGGGUCAGCGGCACUCCUGGAAAGCACGGCUCGCCAGGCAAGAAGGGGCCCAAGGGCAAGAAGGGGGAACCGGGCCUCCCGGGCCCCUGCAGCUGUGGCAGUGGCCACGCCAAGUCGGCCUUCUCGGUGGCGGUGACCAAGAGCUACCCGCGGGAGCGGCUGCCCAUCAAGUUCGACAAGAUCCUGAUGAAUGAGGGCGGCCACUAUAACGCGUCCAGUGGCAAGUUUGUCUGCGGUGUGCCAGGGAUCUACUACUUCACCUACGACAUCACGCUGGCCAACAAGCACCUGGCCAUCGGCCUGGUGCACAAUGGCCAGUACCGUAUCCGGACCUUCGAUGCCAACACGGGGAACCACGACGUGGCAUCGGGCUCCACCAUCCUGGCCCUCAAGCAGGGCGACGAGGUCUGGCUGCAGAUCUUCUACUCAGAGCAGAAUGGGCUUUUCUAUGACCCGUACUGGACCGACAGCCUCUUCACAGGCUUCCUCAUCUAUGCCGACCGGGACGACCCCAACGAGGUGUAGACAGGCCGGCACUGGGCCCCGGGCAGGGAACAAGCUUCUAGACUUGGGCUUAUGGAGCAAGAUCCCAAAACUGUAGGCUGGGGACUGGGGAUCCAAGGAGCUUCUAGCCUCAGGCCGACAUCCUCUGCCUCUUUUUUUACUUUGUCAUUAAAUUCAAGCUUUUUUAUUCACCCA